AACAGUGGUGGUGUUUAUUUUCUGUGACCCAAGAGAGAAUUUGCUAAACUGUAACGACCUGGUCGCUUCCCUCUUGUCCUAUUCUUUGUCUUGCUCUUCUACAGAAUAUACAGGAAAUGAAAAUGACAAUGAAACCCUGCCUGAGACCUCUGCAGGUGGUGAGCUCCGCAUGGCUCAGUUCUUCCGAGGCAAUCUGGCAGGUUUGAUGAUUCGUUCUGGUAAACUGGAAAACAAGAAAGUGAUAGAUUGCCUGUAUACCUGCAAGGAGGGACUGGAUUUGCAAAUUGCUGAUGGUGUUGGCAAAGGCGUGAAGAUCCACAUGAACCCUAGUCAGUCAGCAGUGACCAUAGAAGGGGAUGAUAUUGACAGAGUUGAUAAGGCCAUGCAGCACAUUUCCUAUCUGAAUUCUCGCCAAUUCCCCACACCUGGAAUCCGGAGGCUUAAAAUCACCAGUACUGUCAAGUGUUUCAAUGAAGAGGCCUGCGUCUCUAUUCCUUCUGUGGAGGGAUAUGUAAUGGUCUUGCAACCAGAGGAACCAAAAAUCAGCCUGAGUGGCAUCAACCAUUUUGCCCGAUCUGCUUCAGAGUUUGAGAGUUCUGAGGGCAUUUCCCUCUUCCCUGAGCUUCGCAUAAUAAGCACCAUUACACGGGAGGUGGAGCCAGAUGGAGAUGGGGAUGAAGAUCCUACAGUACAAGAGUCUUUGGUUUCUGAAGAAAUCAUGCAUAACCUGGAUACGUGUGAGGUGACGGUGGUUGGAGAAGAACUAAAUCAAGAUCAAGAAAGCCUGGAGGUUGACAUGACACGAUUACAGCAGAAAGGCAUUGAGAUGAGUAGUUCCAACCUUGGCAUGAUCAUCACAGGAGUUGAUACAAUGGCUAGCUAUGAGGAAGUUUUGCAUUUGAUACGCUACAGAAACUGGCACACCGUUUCUCUUUUUGAUAGAAAGUUCAAAUUGGUUUGUUCUGAGCUUAAUGGGCGCUAUGUCAGCAACGAGUUUAAAGUAGAGGUGAAUGUUAUCCACACAGCUAACCCCGUUGAACACGCUAAUCACAUAGCUGCACAACCACAGUUUGUACAUCCUGUGCACCACACGUUUGUUGAUCUGUCUGGUCACAACCUAGCUAACCCUCAUCCAUUUUCAGUUGUUCCAAGUACAGCCACUGUUGUGAUUGUAGUUUGUGUGAGUUUCCUGGUUUUUAUGAUCAUUCUGGGAGUGUUCAGAAUCAGAGCUGCACAUCAGCGAACGAUGCGUGACCAGGACACUGGAAAGGAAAAUGAGAUGGACUGGGAUGACUCUGCAUUGACCAUCACUGUGAAUCCUAUGGAAGUAAGACUGGUGUCUCAGCAAAAAAAAGUUCACAAAAAAUGCCCUCUUUCAGUUUUAACUGGUAUGACUGUACAUGGACAGAGAGUAGAGCAAAAGCAACCAUAGAACACAGAGAGAACA